GAGCGUCGAACACUGCACGAAGGGCUUUGUUGUGACAGUUCUAGACGUUGGUCGCGUUGUGUUUUGAAAAGGGCGCGCUUUGGUCGCGCAAGGAACGUAGGAUACGAUGGGAUACACUGCGACACAGCAUUUGGUAAAGGAAACGAGACAUCGCAUCGGUAUGCUAAACCUGCCGUACGAGGAAGAGUACCGGGCACAGCUGAAGCAUCUGGGGUACAAGGAAAAGGACAUCCUGAGGGAAGCUUUCCAGCGCCAGGAAUGGAAUGUGGGCAGUGCACGAGUGCUGAGUUUGCUACAGGAAGCGAACAUUCUGACAGCGAGUGAAUACAUCCUCAGCCUUGAUUCGAUCGAGCUAAUGCAACAGAUUCUGAACGAUUUUCUGGAAGCGGAGUACAGCCUGCUAGCGCACAUCGUUUGCUAUGCCUACCAAGAGAAUGUACAAUCCCAUUCGCUCACCAACGUUCUGAAGGAAAGCUUUCGCACACUGCUGAACGACUUGAACGACAAUCCGAACGUGAUUCCGAACAAUUAUCUGCAGGCAAUUGGGACCCGUCUGCGCACGCACGAGCAGAAACUGGUGAUUAACGAGCAUCUGCAGCUACUGCUCGGUUCCGAACGCGGUCCGCUCGAUCUGGACGCAGCCAUCGGGCGGCAGCACCAGUGGCGGGAAGAGAUGCAAACCAUCCUCACCGGUACCGUUUUCGAACGACUGCUGAUCGAGCUGAUUCGUGACAAGGCCAACCUUCUCGAGGUGCUGAAAGAGUUGCUGAAGCGAUCGUGUCCCUUUUCCCUCAAGCACGCACUCUAUCUGCUGUCCCAAGCGGCUAGAGCGACGACCGAUGAGCCGGACGAGCGGCUGCUGAAAAGCUUCAUCAAGGAUCUGUUCCGUACCGUGGUGGAGACGGGGCUGAUGAGCCAGCUGCAGCUGGUGCUGCUGUUUGCGCGUGAAAUUUGCUCCGCCAAUACGGCCGUACUGGGGACGUAUCCGGCCUGGUACAAGCAAACGGUCGGCGAGAUGACGUACAGCGUGAAGCGGAACCAGUUCAUCGGCACGAUGGAGCUGCUGACGGCGCUAAUACCGGCCGAGCGGAACCUGGAGCUGCUCGGUGUGCAUGCGACGAUUGCGAUUUCCGCCCCGGUCAAGUGUAACGAUUACGUGCUCAACUACAAGCAGCUUUGCCGGGCUCACAUCGCCCAGCUGAAGGCACCGGAGUGUACUAUCGUGCUGGAGGAUUAGUGGAACGUCAAGACGAUGAACGGGUUUUUUCAAUCUAUUCGAAUCCGACUGUUUGGUGCUUCGUUGCCUAUAAUAGCAGACCCUAUAGUUUUCACCAAGACGGAUGAAAGGCAAGUUACGCUAAUCAAAAGUGAGGAGGAGUCCACCGGGCUGGAAAUAAAGGAUAUAAUCUUCGUGAACAAUGUCGAACAGCUGGAAAUACCACCGGCUAAGAGCAACCACUUGUUCGUGUUCAUCAUCUCCUCUUUGGCCUUUAACAACAACAAGCUCGAGCUACAAGCGUUUCUAAACUGGAAAAAAAUUCCAAACAAUUUCUUGCUGGUGGUCGACGACAGACUGUCUGGUGAUUUGAAAAAAAUAAUUAACGGCACACGAAUUUCCGACCACAUAGUGUACUUGGAAUGGGAUCAUCCUAAUGGUAUUGAUACGAAAAUGGCCAAGGCUAUCGGCAAACAAAUUAAAGCAGCUGCUUCGAAAUGUAUAAGGGCGAAUGAGAACAACGACCAGACUGAAAGUGACUGUAGCUCUCCCCAAUUGAAUAGCUCAAACGUUCCAAGUCUAGAAGAGCAAAACAAACAACCUCAACAACAGAUGCAACCCAGUACAGAACACUGUGCUGUGACUAUCGAGACUGAAAUACCGUAAUAAUUUACUGUAUUUUCUGCCCCACCCUUAAGUUAAGCUCUAGCGUAUGUUGGCCUUUUAAGCUGAUCGAAGACAAAGUCAAUCGACCGCUGUUUAAAUGGCAGCUUUAGUAUCAUAAUUAUGUGGUAGAAAAAUGUGUGUAAGAUGAACGCUAUAAAA